AUCAGUCAAGAUGGGAUUUUUUAUGAAGGAAAAUUCUAGGAAUAGGAUGAAGGCAAAGCUGAACCCAAGAUACCAGUUGAUUUUAAUUGUGAAAUUGAAGAUAAAAAAACAAUAGCAACCCAUGAAGAAUAAGCAACAAACGCCAAGGAGUCAAAGCAUCAUUCUAGUAGCUCCAGCAAUUGUAGCCGAUCUUAAUCUAGAAGCUAAAUUAGAUGAUGGACAACAAUCUCAACGUGUCAGAAAAAGACCUACGUGGAUGAUUAAUUAUAAGGUACUUAGAAUUGAACAAUCUGGUGUUGAAGAACUAACAUACUUUGCUCUAUUUUCAUAUUGUGAUCCUAUAGCUUGUAAAGAUGUUGUUCUAGAAUCCAAAUGGAGGAAGGCCAUGGAUGAAGAAAUUGUAGCCAUUGAAAAAAAUAAUACUUGGGAACUAACUGAGCUUCUGAAAGGCAAGAAAACUAUUGAUGUGAAAUGGGUGUAUAAGACAAAGUUGAAAGAGAAUGGAGAAGUUGACAAUUACAAGGCACACUUAGUUGCUAAAGGCUACAAACAGGAGUUUGGGGUUGAUUAUCAGGAAGUUGCUACUUCGGUUGCAAGGCAUGAUACAAUUAGAUUGGUGAUCUCCUCAGUAGCACAAAACUCAUGGCCUGCCUUUCAACUUGAUGUAAAAUCAACCUUUUUGCAUGGAGACUUAGAUGAGCAAGAUUUAUUAAACAACCUCUUGGUUAUGUUAAAGUUGGAAAUGAACGUAAAGAGUAUAAGUUGAAAAGGGCACUUUAUGGACUAAAACAAGCUUCAUAGGCUUGGACAUGUCUUAUUUGUAGUUUAGUAGUUGAGUGGUUGCCAUCCUAUUACUUAAUUUAGUUAUAGUUUCGCCUAUUUGUAAGGUCAUUUUUUAUCUGUUGAAUAAGAUGUACAGAAGCAUUUUUGUUUUGUAAUUGACUGGUGUUUUCUAUUAUCUUUUAAUUUCUUUCACUUACUCAAUUUGAUUAUACCCAGCAUGUGUUUGAUUUAAUUCCUCAAAGUGUUUAGUUUGGAGUUUUAUUCAACUUUGUUUUUCCCAGAACUGUAUGCUUAGUAUUGUUUCACCCUCUUGCAAUGUGCAAGCAUCAUGCUCAGCACAGGUUCUUGAAGCCAAUCUGAGAAGGAGAAUGCCUACAAUCCCCUGACUAACAAAGCCAUUGGUAAGAU